AUGUGCAGAGAGGAAUGCGUAGGACAAAGUGGGAGGUUAGCCUGGUUGAAGUUUCUGGCCUCCAUCUACAGAGGUGGCCAUCUGUCAUGGGACAGUUUCCCAGGCUUGCAAGUAUGGAGCUCAAAGCCCAUCAUUCGUCCUGCGUGUGCCUUGGUUAAUAUUCUUGGACAGUUUUUAAUGGGUGAAAGCAGGUGUGACCAGGAUCACACUGGAGACCAAACGAGUGCGCAUGUCUAUCGUAGUAAGAAACACAAUGUCAACGGCGGUAUUGACACUGUCCCUGUCUUUGUGCAGACUGGAACGUUCCGUAUGGUGUCCGAGGAGGAGCAGGCUAUGAGGUCCAAGCUGGAGCACUUGACAGUGAAGGACCAUGGGCCUGUAUUUGGACCUUGCCUCAAACUGCCUGGCCACACUGUACAAAAGGCAAAGGAUGAGCUGAAUGAGACAGAUGAGAGGCGCUUGGCGUCGCUGAGGGAGCUUAGGGCCAUGCUGAAGGAGAAGGCCAGAGAUGGAGAUGACCUCACCAAACUGGUGCUGGAAUGCUUCGAGGACAAGCCCGACUCUUUACUACUGCGGUUCCUCAGGGCCCGCAAGUUCGAUGUCAUUAGAGCCCAUGAGCUCAUGAAGGGUUAUGUACGUUUCAGGAAAGAAUACCCCGAGUUGUUUGAGAACCUGACCCCCGAGGCAGUCCGCAGCACCAUCGAGGCCGGCUACCCCGUGGUUCUGCCGACCAGAGACAAGUUCGGGCGAGUGGUCCUGCUCUUCAACAUUGAGAACUGGGACCUGGAGGAGAUCACCUUUGAUGAGACCCUCAGGGCGUAUUGUGUGAUCCUGGAGAAGCUCCUUGAGAACGAGGAGACCCAGAUCAAUGGUUUUAUCCUGAUAGAGAAUUUCAAGGGCUUCACCAUGCAGCAUGCCUCGGGGAUUAAGCCCACCGAACUUAAGAAAAUGGUGGAUAUGCUGCAGGAUUCCUUCCCUGCUCGUUUCAAAGCAGUCCAUGUCACACACCAGCCCUGGUAUUUCACCACCACCUACAAUGUGGUGAAACCCUUCAUGAAGAGCAAGCUGCUGGAGAGAGUCUUUGUUCAUGGUGAUGAGCUCCACAACUACUUCAAGGAUUUUGAUGCUGAUAUUCUGCCGGCAGAUUUCGAUGGGAAGGCUUCUGUUGCUGACUACAAGGAUAUCGCCAACAAGCUGUUUGGCUCUGAAGACACGGCUCUCUAA